AAUGCUGAGUGAAGAGAAAGGGCAUUCUUAAUGCAUGUGACACUGAUGCUACUUUGUUAAUUGGGCCACUAUCAGUGAGAUAACAGUUUGGGUCAGAUGCCAGGUCAGCAUAACCAGGGCACAAACAAGCUGAUCUGUGACUGAAUACCAGCAGCCAGCUGGUGACACAAUCUAGGAAAUUAAGUAAUGUGUUUAUUAUAAAUUUAUUGUAAACAACCUGGUAAAAUUGUUUUACUGGGAUAAACAGAAACCUUUGAACAAUCUAGUGAAGGGCUUAUAUGAAAAAAUCCGUGAGAUGCCAAGGUAUGACUUGAUUUCCAUUAUUCCAUCUGAAGAGAAAGUAUGAUUGCAAGAAGAGAAGUGUUUACAUAAACUGAUAAAAAACUUGAGAAUUCAGCAGAACCUGGCCACGUGUUCCUGAGCUUUCUUCCAUAAAAGUCUCACCAUGACAAGCAGAGCCCCAUUCACCUUCACUAUGAAGGGAAUCAUACUUGCACUAGCGCUCGCCUUUGUAGGUAGCCAAAAGGUUGAUAUUGACCCUGGGUUCAGUAGCAGAAAGAGCCACUUGUACAGCUAUGAAGGCUGGGUGUUGAAUGGGCUUCCAGAAAAAGGUUUAGCCAAAGUUGGCGUGCGCUUGAGCAGCAAAGUAGAGAUCAGUGGGCUGUCAGAGAGCACUUACCUCCUCAAGAUCCGCUCUCCACAAUUCCAGGAAUACAAUGGCGUCUGGCCAAGGGACCCAUUUACUCAGUCAUCCAAAAUCACCCAGAUAGUUUCUUCAUGUUUUAGCCGGCCCUUCAAGUUUGAAUACGAUAGUGGACGGGUCGGAAACAUUUAUGGCCCAGAAGACUGCCCCAAUAUGUGUAUUAACAUAGUGAGAGGAAUACUGAACUUGAUACAGAUAACCAUUAAAAAGUCACAGAAUGUGUAUGAAUUGCAAGAGGCUGGAAUUGGAGGUGUUUGCCAUACAAGGUACAUCAUCCAGGAAGACAGGAAGAAUGACCGAGUCUCUGUUACCAAAACCGUGGACCAAAAUAAUUGCCAGGAAAAAGUCACCAAGAGUGUUGGAAUGGCUUACAUCUAUCCUUGUCCAGUUGACGUGAUGAAAGCAAGGCUCAUAAAGGGGACUGCAGCUUUCUCCUACAAACUGAAGCAGUCAGACAGCGGCACUCUGAUCACAGAAGUAGUGUCACGGCAAGUCUAUCAGAUCUCGCCAUUCAGUGAACCUACUGGUGUUGCUGUCAUGGAAGCAAGACAACAACUCGCCUUGCUUGAAGUGAGAAGUGAACGGGGGAGUGCCCCAGACAUUUCCAUGCAGGGCUAUGGAGGCCUUCGUUAUGACUUCUCAGCACUGCCACAAAUGCCACUGCAGCUGAUCAAGAUGAAGAACCCUGAGCAACGGAUAGUAGAAACGCUGCAACACAUAGUCCAGAAUAACCAACAAGAUUUCCACGAUGAUGUUCCAUACAGAUUCUUGGAGCUUGUCCAGCUCUGCCGGAUAGCAAGCACUGAUACUCUUGAAUCCACCUGGAAGCAAUUUUCAGAUAAACCCCGCUACAGGCGAUGGCUGCUGAGUGCAGUUUCUGCAACAGGCACUGCAGAAGCACUCAAAUUCAUUAAGACCAGAAUUCGUAACGAUGACCUUAACUACAUUCAGACUCUUCUAAGUGUUUCUUUUGCUCUUCAUUUAAUGAAAGCUGAUGAAAACACCGUUCCAAUAGCAGCAGAUUUAGUAACCAGUUCUCGAAUCCAGAAAAGUCCCAUGCUUCAGCAAGUUGCCUGCUUGGGAUACAGUUCUGUGGUCAAUAAAUACUGCUCUCAGGCCUCAUCUUGUCCUAAAGAAGUUCUUCAGCCCAUCCAUGAUCUGGCAGAUGAAGCAAUCAGCAGGGGCCGCGAAGACAAAAUGAAAUUAGCUCUGAAAUGCAUUGGCAACAUGGGAGAACCAGCCAGCAUCAAGCGCAUCCAGAAGUUCCUUCCCAUAUCUGCAUCAAGUGCUUCUGACAUCCCCAUCCACAUUCAGAUUGAUGCCAUAAUGGCUUUGAGAAAAAUAGCUUGGAAAGACUCCAAAACAGUGCAGGGACAUCUCAUCCAGAUCCUUGCAGACAAGUCGCUUCCUCCGGAAGUGCGAAUGAUGGCUUGUGCUAUUAUCUUUGAGACAAGGCCUGCCCUUCCUUUGAUAACAACAAUAGCUAAUGUGGCAAUGAAAGAGAGCAAUUUGCAAGUGGCCAGUUUUGUGUAUUCCCACAUGAAGGCUUUGUCGAAGAGUAGACUGCCAUACUUGUACAACAUAUCUUCAGCUUGCAAUAUUGCCCUUAAGCUGCUGGCCCCCAAACUGGACAGGCUCAGCUAUCGGUAUAGCAAGGUCGUGCGUAUUGGUGGUUACUUUGAUAACUAUAAAGUUGGUGCUGCUGGAGAUGUCUUUGUUAUGAACAGCCCAGGAACGAUGUUCCCAUCAGCAAUAAUUUCCAAGCUGAUGGCAUAUUCUGCAGGGUCAGUGGCUGAUUUGGUGGAGGCUGGUGUCCGUGUGGAAGGCCUCACAGAUGUUAUCACAAAACGGAAUAUCCCGUUUGCUGAAUAUCCUGCAUACAAAAAGAUAAAGGAGAUUGGAAAAGCUCUGCUGGGAUGGAAAGAGCUGCCGACAGAAACCCCAUUGAUAUCAGCCUACUUGAAACUAUUUGGCCAAGAGCUGGCCUAUGUCAGCAUCAAUAAGGAAGUCCUGCAUCAGAUUGUGAAGGCUGUGCUAGAACCAGCUGACAGGAGCACGACGAUAAAGAAAGUUGCCAGCCAAAUCCGCAAUGGCAUUGCAGGACAAUGGACGCAGCCGGUGUGGCUUGGAGAGCUGCGCUACGUCGUUCCUACCUGCACUGGCCUGCCGCUGGAGUACGGGUCAUACACGAGUGCUCUGGCACGAGCGGCAGCCAGCGUUGAUGGAAAGAUAACCCCCCCUGUAACUGGAGACUUUAGACCUUCCCAGUUGCUUGAAUCCACCGUGCAGAUUCGAGCAGACAUAAGCCCAAGCUUGUAUGUACAUACAGUCGCAACAAUGGGUGUCAACACGGAAUACUUUCAACAUGCUGUUGAAAUUCAAGGCAAGGUCCUGGCAAGACUGCCAAUCAAGUUUGAUGCCAAGAUAGAUGUGAAACAGAAGAACAUCAAGAUUGAAACAAAUCCAUGCCAUGAGGAAACUGAGAUAGUGGCUGGAAGACAUAAAGCUUUUGCUGUAUCAAGAAAUAUAGGAGAACUAGGUGUUGAAAAGAGGACCUCAAUUCUUCCAGAAGAUGCUUCAUCAGAUAUUGUGGAAGAACCUUUCAAACCAGCAGAGAGAGCUUCCAGAGAAGGUUUCACAAUGCAAGAAGCUGACAGCAUGCCAAGGAAACAUGCCUAUAGCUCUCAAGAGGAUCUUCGCCAUGGCAUAGGAAGAAAAAUUCAUAAACAAGAUAUUUGCAUCAAACUGUAUCGCCUUGGGUGUCAGCUCUGCUUUUCCAGAAGGUCACGAGAUGCCAGCUUCCUAAAAAACACAUAUUUGCACAGAUUAAUUGGAGAACACGAAGCUAAAAUAGUCUUGCUGCCAGUUCGAACAGAUGCUGAUAUCGACAAAAUUCAGCUGGAGAUUCAGGCAGGAUCCAGAGCAGCUUCCAAAAUAAUUCAUGAGGUAAACUCGGAUUCUGAGGAAGAGGAUGAAUCAUCUCCAUAUGAGGACAUUAAAGCUAAGCUGAAAAAGAUUCUAGGCAUUGAAAAGGUGUUCAAGGCUGCAAAUAAAACACGACAUCAGAAGAAGCAACCUUCUAAGAAAGGAAACACUAUGCUAACAGAGCUUGAGAUAGACCCCAAGGCAAAAAAUCCCUCCAGUUCAUCUUCUGCCUCCUCAACUGUCUCCUCUUCCUCAUCAUCUGCUGCUUCUCCUGAUCGUAAAAAGGCCAUGGAUGAAGAUGAGAAUGAUGAAGUAAAGCAAGCAAGAAACAAAGAUGCAAGCAGUAAGAGUAGCAGCAAGAGCAGUAGCAGCAAGAGCAGUAGCAGCAAGAGCAGUAGCAGUAGCAGCAGCAGCAAGAGCAGUAGCAGCAGCAGCAAGAGCAGUAGUAGCAAGAGCAGCAGCAGCAGGAGCAGCAACAGGAAGAGUAGUAGUAGCAGCAGUAGGAGCAGUAGCAGCAGCAGUAGUAGCAGCAGUAGUAGUAGGAGCAGCAGCAGUAGGAGGAGGAGGAGCAGUAGUAGUAGUAGUAGUAGUAGUAAGAGCAGUGGCAGCAGCAGCAAGUCAUCGAGUCACCAUAGCCACAGGCAUCACUCAAGGUAUCUGAAUGACAGCAGCAGCAGUAGCCACAGCAGCAGCAGCAGCAGUAGCAGUAGCAGCAGCAGCAGCAGCAGCAAGUCAUCAAGUCACCAUAGCCAUAGGCAUCAUUCAGGACAUCUGGAAGGUGGCAGCAGCAGCAGAUAUUCCAAAAUAUGGGAAGAUGAUGAGAUUUAUCUGUACCGCUUUAAAUCAGCGCAUAGACAAGAGUUCCCAAAAAAGAAACUCCCAGCUGACCGACUUAGCAGCACGUAUGCCUCUACCAGAUCCAUUCAUGCCUCAUCUCGAGCUGCUUCCCGGCCUAAGUUUUUGGGAGAUGUUAGAACACCAGUAUUAGCUGUUUUUCUUCAUGGCAUUCGUAACGGUGAAAAGAUAGGAGGCCUCCAGCUUGUGGUAUAUGCUGAUAUUGACUCCGUCAGGCCCCGGAUGCAAGUAUUUGUGUCAAACCUCACAGAUUCAAGCAAGUGGAAACUCUGUGCUGAUGCUUCAGUCCUCAAUGCUCACAAGGCAGUGGCUUAUCUGAAAUGGGGCCGGAAUUGCCAGGACUACAAGAUUUCAACUGAGCUGGUAACUGGGCGGUUUGCCGCCCACCCGGCUGCACAAGUGAAAGUGGAGUGGCCUAAAGUUCCUUCAAGGGUCAGAUCCAUAGCAGAAUGGUUUUACAAGUUUGUUCCUGGGGCUGCAUUUAUGUUGGGCUUCUCUGAAAAAGCAGACAAGAAUCCUUCUCGACAAGCCAGGGUGAUUGUGGCUCUAACUUCUCCAAGGACGUGUGAUGUUGUUGUCAAGCUUCCUGAUAUGAUCCUCUAUGAAAAAGCCAUGAGGCUUCCCCUGCCACUCCCUGUAGGUCCGAGGAUACCAGCUUCAGAGCUGCAGCCUCCCAUAUGGGACUUCUUUGCUGAAGCCCCCUCUGCAGUGCUCGAGAAUUUGAAAGCUCGCUGCUCAGUUUCCCACAACAAGAUAACAACCUUUAACGAAGUUCAGUUUAACUACACAAUGCCAGCAAACUGCUACCACAUCUUGGCUCAGGACUGCAGCUCUGACCUUAAGUUCCUGGUGAUGAUGAGGAAUGUUGAAGAAGCUGUGGACUUGAAAGCAAUCAACAUCAAGCUUGGCAAUCAUGAAAUUGACAUGCGCCCUGUGAGAGGACAAGUGAAACUGCUGGUAGAUGGGGUUGAAAGCCCCACAACGAAUGUUUCAUAUGCAUCUGCUGGUGCUCCUCUGUGGAUCUACAGUGAAAAUCAAUGGCUUGUACUUGUUGCCCCAGCCUAUGGCAUUGACAAAUUGUACUUUGAUGGAUACACAUUCAAGAUUCAAGUUGCUUUAUGGAUGGCAGGGAAAACAUGUGGGAUAUGUGGAAAAUAUGAUGCAGAAUGUGAAGAAGAAUAUCGGAUGCCCAAUGGAUAUCUAGCUAAAGAUGCAGUGAGCUUUGCACAUUCUUGGAUUUUGGAGGAAAAGCCAUGUACAGGAGUCUGCAAACUGAGGCGCUCAUUUGUGAAGCUUGAGAAGACCGUUCAGCUUGCGGGUGUAGAGUCCAAGUGCUAUUCUACAGAGCCUGUGCUGCGCUGUAUGAAAGGAUGCUCUGCCACCAAGACUACUCCUGUCACUGUUGGUUUCCACUGUCUCCCAGCAGAUUCUGCUACCAGUCUGACAGACAAACAGAUGAAGUUCGACCAGAAGUCAGAGGAUAUUCAGGACACUGUUGAUGCACACAUAGCAUGUUCUUGUGAGAACGAAGACUGCAGUGCGUGAAGCUGUACAUUGCAACAGAGGAAAAAACAGAAACACUUUAGUAUUUUUAUUGUGUGGUGUAAGAAAACUCAUCCUAAGGAAUAACAGAGAUACUAUAUUAAGUGUUAAGGAUAUGUGGAAUCUUCCCAAGUAAUUUAAAGUAUUAAACUUUAUUAUUGUAGAAACUGUUAUGAUUUCCUAUAAAUAUCUGAUUUGGUAAUAAAUCCAUGCAUGGAAAAAUGAUGAAGGCUUCCUUAUUUCGCUGGUUAUGGAAGCAGAGGUCUGUGUUGUUUCUUUUCAUCCCCAAUUUCAUAGACUUCUUGAGUCUGUGACUGUCUUCUGUGCACCAGGCACGUGUCCGUGUCGGGCCCCAUCACAGAUAUGGGUUGGGUAGCUGUCAUAGCAGUUUGCUGCUUGUGUCUCCCAGUGCUUGCCUCCCUGGUGCUGGGAUCCUGUGCACUCAGAGAAGCAACUGCUCACUUCUGUGUGGUGCAGCAGCCACACAGCUGUGGUAGUCUGCAAUAACUACAUGUGUGCCAGUGCUGCCAGUGGGAUCAAGAUCAGGAACUAAGCCUGAAUGUCAUGCCACUGAACAAGGCUGCUCUGAGGCUCAAGAACAUAUUAUGCUUCUGAUGCACCACAUGCAGAACCUAGUGCAAAUUAGGGGACUUUGGAUAGGACAUGGUGGAGCUACCCAAAUAUACCACCUGCCAAAGGGUCCGAAGCAGAGCCAGACCUUUGUGUUUUGGGUGAGAUGCCCCAGCCCCUGUGCCCAGCACAAGCCAUCGCUGUGGCCACCAUCAGCCUCCUGCACACCUGCUGCAGGGGUCUCUGGGUACUGGUGAGGGACAUGCUCAUCUGCUGUGAGCACUGGAGCCCAAAGGAUUCUAGUGGAUUUGGAAGGUGUUUUCUGCUUGCUUAAGUCACCAUUUUUGCACAAUUUUCAAUAGAAAUGGUAUUGUACUUUCUUAAGUUUAUCUAACUUAAUUCAUCCUCAUUCUUCCAAUUAAUAUACAUCCAGUCCAGCCAUUUUAGUUACUGACUGGACGCACAUACAUUCUUAUGUAGAAGUCUGUUAAUGCAAAGCUGAAUGUGAUCCUACCAAAUAGGUAAAAAUGUAGCUCUUCAGUAUAUUACUGGGGAAAAGAAAAGAAAGAAAAAAUUGAAGCAAGUUAUUCAAUUCUUAAAACCAGUAGAAAGCAAUGAAGAAAAGUGGCACUUGCCUAUGACCAUGUGGGGUGAAGAGGUAGUCACUGGCCAGUUCUUGAAAGGACUUGAGAGCAUUCUGUAAAAAUUGUGUCAUUCUGCUUUCCCCAGCACCUUUGGUACCUUCAGUGGAUGUGAGUUUUAUAGUUUGGAAGUUGAUGUUGUUUGUACCAAAAGAAGUAUUUUUGAGAGACAGGCAUAAAUACACAUUGACAUAAAGUUUAAUUGCUGUCAUGGUGCCUUGCACUGCAAAGUGAUGGGGAGCUAAAGACAGGCAGUGUUUGGGCACUACCUGGCAGCAGUAUAGUGAUGAGUUGGUGGGUUUGCUGGUUGCCUGGAAGUCACAGUGAUGGGGUACCGAUCAGUGAUGGGAAGUGCAGUACAGUGAUGGAAAGUCACAUGGAGCACAGACAUUCCAGGUAACCCCCGAGGCUUAAUCCAGAGGAAGCCAAGGCUUUGCAUGACCCCCGGAGGAUGGGCUCUAGGGGUCUCUGGCAUGAGCUCCAGGCUCCAGUGGGGCCAGCCCACACUGUUCCCCUCCUCCCAGUCUGCCGAGGCUGGAGCAUAGUUUUGGGUAUCUUCCUCCCCCUGUGCUCAGGUGUGAGGGGUGCAAUGAGCUUGGCAGGAGAUCUGUGAGUGAGCAUCGCUCAGCCACCAUGGCAGUCAGAGCACCCAUGGGGCUGUGGGGGAAUGCAGACUACGGGUGUCCACCUUGUGAAGAGCUGUGGGGAGGCCCCAGCCAGCCUCUGCCCCUCUCCUCCACUGCCAUUGCAGAAAGAGUUGAGUACAGCUCAAAGGAAAUGCUAUCCAGGGCAGCUCCUGGGCACAGCAAAGUGGUUCAUUACCCUCGGGAUUUUCUUAGGAUUUCUUUUUUUUCUCUUUCUUUUUUUAAUU